AUUUUCCUGCUUUAGAGUCAAGCAGAGGUUUACAGCUUCAAAUCCUCCGGUCGUUCUGACUAAAUGUCCAAUUAUCAAGAUCGAUCUGCACCAUUGUAUAUUCUCACGGAUGGCAUACGAUUGACUUAAAAAGUGAACAGCAAAAUCACAUUUCUAAACUAAGACUAAAGCACAGCUUCUCGAUCUUGCAAAGUAAUGGAAAACAGCACGUCUAACGGUACUACAUCAGGAACAACCUCCUCGGAGUUCACUUCACGAGCACGCGUGUGGUACUGGGUAGUAAGGGGUCUGCUUGGUGUGAUAAUUUUGGCGGGAAACACUCCGGUCAUCUACGUCAUAGUCAGGUGUCACAGGCUCCAGAAGGCAGCUAAUUGGUUUAUUCUGUCAUUAGCAUUUGCGGACCUUUCUGUUGGGAUUUUUCUCAUCCCUGUUUCUUCCGCAUGUGCUCUAUGGAUAAAAUCUUGCAACUUCUCUGUCUUGGGAAUAUGCUUCGACCUUCUGCUCUUUGUCUCUAUUGGCAACAUGUGUGUGAUGACUGCUGACCGGUACCUUUUCGUGGUGAAGCCGCUGACCUAUCAACAGAACAUGACGAAUCGUCGCGUCUUACUGUGGAUGUUAGCUGCAUGGAUCAUACCGAUUAUCAAUUCUCUCAUUUCCCUCGCGUGGAUAUUCUCCGACGAGUCGGUAGCUUCAGUUAGAGCCUUUAGAAUAUAUAGCACACUGCAAACUAUCUCCUUCAACCUCCUUCCUUGUGCUGCGAUGUUACUUAUCUACGGACAUAUUUUCAUCAUUUCUAGAAGACAUUCGAGGCGGAUUCACGCCCUUACAAAAAAUCAACGUUUAAGGCACACAAACGAAGCUAAUUCCCCGCCGUUAAGAUUGGAAAGGUCUGCAACGAGGGUCUUUGGCCUGGUGGUGUUAAUUUUUGUGCUGUGUUGGUUGCUCUCGGCGUACAGGCAUCUCUGUGAUUAUUUUUCCUUACCAUGCCAGGUUACUUUUGAGGUAGUUUUGAUAUCUCGGCUUCUCAUGAUUAUAAAUUCAGCCAUUAACCCUUUUAUUUAUGCUUUACUGAAGGAAGAUAUAAAGCAAGAAGUGAAGAAGAUAUUUUGUGGGCGUAAAGCCAGAACUGCCAUUAUGAACUCACGUAUUCCAUCGGUUCACAGUCACAGACAUAGGGGUGAUCUUUCUGACAAAAUAUCAGUCACCAUACACGAAAACUAACUGUCGAGAAACAUCGAGAAGGACACAGGCCUAGGCGAAUUUUAACUCUUAUUAUCCAACUACACUUAGACGAGUACAAAUAA